AUGUCUCGCCACAAUAACAGCAAACUCAGAGACGAAGCGACGACCACGAAGCGUCGACGUGUAGACGGCAAGAAAGUUGCAGCAAAUCAAGCGAAACUAAUGGAAGGAAAUCCUCCUGAUAUAAUUGACCUCACGAUUGAAGAUGACACGCAAGACAAUUUGGAUCAAUUAUCCCACAAUCCAAUGGAGAUUCCGGCGCAUUUGGAAUCAGAUGAUUAUUUUCAGGUUCUGAGUCUGUCGCGUUCUGCAUCCGAAUCAGAUGUUAAACGUGCAUACAGGAAAUUAGCAGUACAAUGGCAUCCCGAUAAAAACCGCUUGAACCCACGGGCCGAAGAGGUAUUUAAAAAAAUUAGCGAAGCCUACGAAGUACUGCGUGAUCUGGAGAAACGUAAACAUUAUGAAAAAUACAACAAAGCAGGAGGCCAGAGAGCACGAGCGACUCAGACGACGGAAGGGUUUGGGUUCAAUACUAGUCGUGCUACUAAUGAGUUCUCGACACGACGUGCACGAGACAUUUUUGAUGCAUUUUUUGGAGCUGAAGACCCAUUUGCAGCAUUUUAUGGAGGUGGUCAACAACAUCGUGGGUCGAGAAGCGUUAGAAAUGACCCAUUUGCGUCUAUGGGUUUUGGUGGGAUGGGAGUGGGUAUGACUAUGCCAGGAUUUGGACAAAUGGGUGGAAUGUCGAUGAUGGACCAAUUCUUUAGCAACGGAUUCGAGGGGAUGAAUGGAACAAGUGCUGGAGUAUUUUCUUCAAGUACGACCUCAUCGUCUUCAAUGUUUACGGAUCAAAAUGGUAACGUCAUUCAGCAAAAGACGACGACAACUAAAGGAUCGGAUGGUCGGAUGGAGACUGUCACGGAGGAGUUUCGGAAUGGCAAGCUGGUAAACUCAUCGUCGUCGGCUACUAGUCGAUUGGUCGAUAAUGGAAGGAUGCAGGUUGAUGGGAGCUCGAACGCUAUCAAGAGAAGCUAUCAACGUCGUCGUUCGAGCAACUCGCGUCCAAAGUAUUACGGGAUUUAG